AUGGCUAUCUUCGGUUCUAAAUUCAAGAGUGGCCGGACCACACCUCAGAUCUUCAACCACCCUUUCACAGAAGGUGCCGAUCCACCUACACCUGUAACAGCCAGUCGCGAUAAACCUGGACCCAGGCACCCUACUCCUUCGUCAACCCCUCGACAGACCUCUCGCUCCCCCGCCAAACCUCUCAAUGAGAGUCCUCGUACAAUCAAGUCUGGUGGAACUUCAAGUCCCUCAACGAGACCUCGGAAAGACUUUACUGCGACCACACCCUCUUCGGCAGGUCAGACAAACUCGUCACCCACAAAAUGGUGCAAGUCCGCCUCGUCAACUCCCAUCGCUGCGUUACCACCUUCUUUACCGCCUCCAGUAUAUGCGCUACCUCCCACUCCUGAAGCUUCGCCGGAUCGUAGGGCUUCAACUAUACACAAUAGUACCCAAGGCGUCGGUCACCCGAGCAAACCUUCUCUUGGACUGAAUACCAAAACUUUACCCGCACCUCCUUCUUCCUAUACGUCUCCUAAUACCCACACCAGAACAGGCAGUGCACCCCUAUCCACCACCCAAUCGAGUCAGUUUCGAGCUAGAUCAGGCUCUGCCUCGAUAUCCAGUCGACCUAAUACAGUCAUAAAGGGCCCCUGUCCUUCAUUGGUCAGUACGAGCAGCACACUCGAUGUGGGAUCAAAAUCUAGGUCGUUCGACACUUUCGGUCAUGGAUCUCAUGAACCGAAACAUCGUCCAGUAGCUCUGAAACUCAGGACUAGUAACCUUGAUCCUCAGCUAGCCAGUUCGUCCCGAAUCCAAAUCAAGAUGAAUCACUCUGUAAGAGCGAUCAAAGAAUUCGAUGAGAAGAGUCAUAAAAGUGGAAUUGAAAUUGAUGCUGUGAAAUCAGGUGGGCUAUUCAGUUUCCACCUUCAUCGUCCUGAUCGUCAUUCAGAUCAAUCACUUCAAGUGGAAUACGCACCAACACCCAUUCAAUCGUCAAGACCGUCUACAGUUCGACAUCAAUCCGAAGAGACCAUUCGACCCUCCUCUCAUCCUCAUGAGCAAGAACAAACUCGAACUGAAAGACCACGUUCGUUCUCUACCAACGAUGUUAUGAACAUCACCGAAAUGGACAAGUUGAGAAGUAUCGACGAAACACCCCGCAAACAACGCUCUCAACCUACUUUCAAACCUCUUCGUUCGCCUCCUUCACCGACACUAGGUCAUCGAAAUUGCGUCACACCUGGACUGUCUUCUGCCAUGUCCGAUCUGUCUGCCACUCCUGGAACUACAUAUACCUCUCUGCCCACCACCACUUCGAGAUCGGGUGUCAAGCCAUUUGAUGAUCUUCCUAUUCCAUGGUGUACUAAACCAUCUUCUGAACUUCUCGCUGAGAUUGGCGAAGAGCUUUACAACAAUCUCAUCGAACAUUCGCUCUCUGAUCAAAUGGUAUCAUCGCCUCGACUACUACAUCCAGUGAUAUUGGAAAAUUCGAAAUCUGAAGAGAUCAGAUUAAGAGCUGAACUAUCACGAUUGAAAGAAAAACAUUUCCUAUUAGUCAACCAACGUGAGAGUCUAAGUCAGAAAAUCGAGCAGGGGAUCUUCAAAUUGGAUCAAAUCAAAUUACACAAGAUGGUACAAGCCUUGGGACAAGCUUCAAGAAGAGUCGACAGAGUCUCAAGACAGAUUUAUAUAUGUAAUGAUCAGAUUAGACAGAUUGAAAUUGAGGCGAAGGAGCAUUCUGUAGGCGUAGUGAAGAUCAGUCUGAAAAAGAGAGACAAGGAGUUGAAAAGUUUGAAGGAAGAAUUGGAUUCGAUAAUGCAGAAUAAACAAAAUCAGCAUGAAGUGGAAACCCAUGCUAGAGAUUCGGUGAAUGAAGACUCGAGUUAUAUCUCGACACCUCGUGAUCACGGUUCAGCCACUACCGCAACCACUACUGUACGAUUCCUUGAACCUCCUACGCCAAGUCCUAGAUCACCUGUGAAGAUCUCACUGAAUCGAUCUUCCAGACCGUUAUCGACUGCUACUGUAAUAAACAUCCAUUCGUUGUCUUUCCCUUUUCCUCCCGAUAGGAAGCGAGACGAUCCCUCAUCUUCCGGCAAUCCAUCUGAGCUGGAUGAAACGAAAGGAAUGUCCAAGUAUACUACUCACGGCGGAUUGACAGUCAAGAUAUGUGAGAACGAAGAAGGUGAAGGCGAAACAGAACAAGAUCUCGAUACUGAUAAGGAAUCGACCGACUCUCAUACUACUGCUAUCUCAAUCACCGGUCCAACUAAUGAAAUCCUCAUUUAUCCACCCGGACAUCAUCGAUCACUUUCCGCGCCGAUAAUGGGACUUGAAGUCCCCCUUAGUGCAUAUCGCUCGGAAGAUGGACAUCAGUUGUCUAAAGUGGCUAUGAAUAUGGGUAUUAUGGAUCACGGCGAUUAUCAUCUCAAGUAUACGAGUAAUCAUGAACGUUCGAUUUCCGAAAGUGAUAUAAUGACACCACCGGUCUCUUCAACUUUGAGAUUCACAGCUCCAUUGAAAAUCAAGAGUCCGAUGAGGCAUAUCAACCAAGGGAGAAGUAGACGUCAGGUCAAUAGCUUGACUGUAAGAGGGAACGAAAAUAGGGAAGAGAUGGUUAGAGCUAGGAUGGGUAGGGAAAGUUUGCUUGAGACUCCAGAAUCAAUAUUGCUAAGUCUAGCUACCGCUCCUAUCUGGACGAGACCGGAUUGUGAAGGCAGAUAG